UUACCGUUCAGCACCACGAGGAUUCCGUUUACUUCUGAUCUUGGGCGCGCGCUCUCACGGUAAACGAAAAAGCCAAUAGGGGCUCAGAGAGAGACCAGAGAUAUCAACCCCCCCCCUUCACUGGUACAGCUGACUGAACUACUGGGGGACAAAGUGAACACACUCUGAAAGACUGUCUCACUAGACGAACAGCCUGAAAGAGGUUCAACAACAUCUGGAGCACCUGAGCUGAGUGACUUGGCAGGCCAGAGGAACAAGGUUGAGACGCUCCUGAACUGAGCUGAGUGACUUGGCAGGCCAGAGGAACGAGGUUGAGACACUCCUGAACUAAGUGACUUGGCAGGCCAGAGAAACGAGGUUGAGACGCUCCUGAACUGAGCUGAGCGACUUGGCAGGUCAGAGGAACGAGGUUGAGACACUCCUGAACUGAGUGACUUGGCAGGCCAGAGAAACGAGGUUGAGACGCUCCUGAACUGAACUGAGUGACUUGGCAGGCCAGAGGAACAAGGUUGAGACGCUCCUGAACUGAGUGACUUGGCAGGCCAGAGGAACGAGGUUGAGGCACUCCUGAACUGAGCUGAGUGACUUGGCAGGCCAGAGGAACGAGGUUGAGACGCUCCUGAACUGAGUGACUUGGCAGGCCAGAGGAACAAGGUUGAGACGCUCCUGAACUGAGUGACUUGGCAGGCCAGAGGAACGAGGUUGAGACAACAGAGAGGCCCAAAACGUACCUGGUUACUGCUUGCCUGGUGGGAGCUGCAGAUUGCAGGUCCUGACCUCUCUACAGGACAUACUGAGAGGAGACUACAAGACUUCUCCUACAGGGUCACCCACCACAACAUGCAAGGGAAAAGUGAACAGGAACACCAAGACAAUAAUAUGGAAUCAGACUUUGAUCCCAACAAGCAGCCUGAAAGUCCCCCUUCUGAGAACGAGCCCUCCAAUCCUGUCAAAGUCCGCCAGAACCCCAAAUAUCAGCUGUUCCUGGAUGGAGACAUGAUUGGGAACGGAUCCAGGGAUACAAAUGGAACGUCUGGGAGAGAGAACGGGAACGGGAGAGAACCCAGGAACAAUUCCCGUUUGGACAGCGCUAGCUCCAGAUUCGGGCCAAACUACCGCGGGUCCCUGGAAUCGCUUGCCCCUCGGGACUGGGACACCAUGUCAGACAGGGUGGGAGGUUUUGAGAGUCCUCCCAGGGUGUUCAACAGUCCCUACGCUACAGUGGCUUCCACGGACUACAACCCUGGAAUGAACCGGAUGUCAGAGCAAAAGAUGCAGGAGGUGAUGUCUCCAGCCACGUCAGAGCUGAACCUGUUCAACAGCUACAACAGCAGAAGUAGCAGCCCUGUGCUCUCCUUCACCUCGGCUGCGACCUCCUCACGUGCGCGCUUCUCAACCUUCGACUCUCUCAGGAGGCGGGACCAGCCGGUGAUGCCAAGCCAACUCCCCAUACGGUCCACAGUGUCGCCUGUUGCUAUGCCCAGCAAGAGAGACUACAUCGAGGAGCUGACCAGACAGAUGGAUGCCUGUCAGAAGAGGAACCAGUUCCUGGAGGCAGAGAGCAUAGAGAUGGACAAGGAGAGGAACCAGAUCAGGUUGGAGAUGAGAGGCCUGUUGGUGAACAACGAGGACCUUCUCAGAACCAACAGUACCCUGCAGACGGAGAUGAACAGGAUGAGGAUGAGGAUGGUAGAGCUGGAGAGAGACAACACGGCCAUGACGGAACGCUUCAAAGUUAUGGAGACGGAGCUGACCGAGGCCAGGGCCCAGAUGGUGGAGGCCAACACUCAGGAAUACGCCUUCAACUUCCUGCAGCAGUCUCUGAAGAAUAAGAUACAGGUCGCUGAGGAGGCACUAGAGAAGCAGACGCUCCAUGCCCAGGGGCUGUCAGAGAAGCUGUGGCUAUCUGAGAGACAGUUGGAGGAUCUAGAGGUGGACAAGGAGACACGGGACAAGAAGAGAUCAGAGCUCAGCGACACGGUCUUCAGACUGGAGACUGAGCUAGAAGAGGCUCUACAGAAAGCCACCCAGGCGACAGCAGAGCUCAGUCUGCAACAGAAGCUACAGGAUGACGCCCUGCUGAGGGUAGAGGAGAUGGAGGAGAGUUUACUGGAGAGGGGUCAGGAGCUGCAGAUAGCCCAACAGACUGUCAGCCGCCUACAGGGACAGGUGUCCGAUAAGCUGAUAGAUAAGGAGCGUUCCCUGGAAGAGGAGAUCCAGCUGAGAGAGAGAGUUCAGCUGCAGUGGAAGCAGGCAGAGAGGAGCGUAGAGGACCUGACCAUGGAGCUACAGACUGCUGCACAGACCAAGGAAGACCUGGUCAAGCAACUCAAACAGGCUCAGGAGAAACUGUUAGAUCUUGAGAGCGACCUGGAGGAGAUGCAGGACAGUGAACAGAGAUGGGCCAGCAAGAACAAGAGAGCCAUCGAACAGACGGAACAGCUCCAGCUGAAGCUGAUCCAGCAGAAAGAUGUGAAUGAGCAGCUGGACAGUGAGAAGAGCAUCCUGGAGAGACAGCUGCGGGACCUGCGUGUGGAGGUGGAGAAUCUCCAACACACCAGAGUUCAUGAGGAUGUCGUCACUAAGACGGAGAGCCGGGCCAAGGAGCUGGAGAACGCUCUGAGGGUGGAGGAGAGGAACAAGGUGGUGAUGAACAACACCAUCAGUAAACUGGAGAGGAAGAACAACGAACUGUCUGAUCAGCUGGAGGAGGAACACAAGAUGGCCAAGGAGCAGAAGGACCUGAUGUCCCAGAGGAUGCGUUCCCUGAAGCGUCAGCUGAACGAGGCAGAGGAGGAGUCCAGUCGUAGAGACGCUCAGUACCGCCACACCCAGAGAGAACUGACAGAGGAGAGAGAGACCUCCAACAGACUACAGAAACAGCUCCUGGACCAGCACCUCCAACUCAAACGUAAGGAGUCCACCAUGGCGAUGAGACAGACUCUGGAAGAUCUACGUCUGGACCUUAGUGUGGAUGAGGAGGACCAGACCCCUCCAGUACCCACGGCCUCCAAGGCCUGAGACACCCUUCCUGGGACAGUAUUACAGCAUAGCACCAGCCAUACUAGCCUUACUCAUAAUGCCUUUGUCCUAGAUUCAAUCCGGCCUGCAUAAGAUCCAUGUCAUAGCGCGAUUGACAUUUAUAGGCCAUUUCCCAUUGAUCCGGCAUAUGCAGCAUUCAACGUGAAUGUGGGUCUCAGCGAAUGGUGGGAACGUUGCCUUUAAAAUGUGCAUAAAUGGGACAAAAUGAGAUGGGAUUGAAUCUAGGCCAUUAUUGAUAAAGGUACCAUUCAUACCACCAAUACAGGACGUACAGUGAACAUAUAGCAGCAUCCUGUCAGCCAAUCAAAUCAGCACCCGCGUGUUUGAUUUUCAGGUUCAGCCAAUCAAAUCAGCACCCGCGUGUUUGAAUUUCAGGUUCAGCCAAUCAAAUCAGCACCCGCGUGUUUGAUUUUCAGGUUCAGCCAAUCAAAUCAGCACCCGCGUGUUUGAUUUUCAGGUUUAGCCAAUCAAAUCAGCACCCGCGUGUUUGAUUUUCAGGUUCAGCCAAUCAAAUCAGCACCCGCGUGUUUGAUUUUCAGGUUUAGCCAAUCAAAUCAGCACCCGCGUGUUUGAUUUUCAGGUUUAGCCAAUCAAAUCAGCACCCGCGUGUUUGAUUUUCAGGUUUAGCCAAUCAAAUCAGGUUCAAAAAAUUACUGUAGCAACGUUUUUAUAUUUUUUAUUAAAUCUUUUUUUUCUUUUUAUCUGUAAAAUGUAAACCAGGUUGUCUUUACUUCCAUCAGGCUGCGUUUCCCAAACUCAGUCCUCUGGACCCCAAAUGGGGUGCACAUUGAGGUUUUCACACUACACAGCUGGUUUAAAUGAUCUAAGCUUUAAAUCAGCCAUGUAUUCGGACCCCCUUUGGGGUCCCGAGGUCAGAGUUUGUGAAACCCUGCUAUAAGGGAGUUUAUUUGGUAAACUCCUGGACAAGAUUUUUUUUAAAUGUAAGUUAAAAUCCUAUGGGCUUGUAUGUUUCCUGAUUCAUUACUAGUGCCUUAACAGAGAUAAUCAAUUGGAAAAUAAAAAACAUUUUAUUAAAUCAAUUGUGUCAAAUAUGACUAACAAUAAAAAUAGACAUAGGAUUUGGGGAUUAUGUAAUGUUAGAGGGAUUUGGGCAAUAUUGUCUGCAAAUUACCAAAGCAAAUCUGUUGCAAAAUGUAGUUUUAAUAGUUUGUUAGAAGCAUUAUACAUUAAUUUCCACUUAUGUUAUAUCUACAUGUUAUUGGGUAUUACUGUGUUGCACUGUAGAGGGGGAAAGGGGCUGUAUUUUCACACCCAUUGAGCAGAAUGUGGAAGUGUCUUCCUUUUACGAUGCUUGACGGACAGACAGCCUGAAUGAGUGAAGUUGGUGGGACCAUUUACCAGUAUACUGCACUGUCUACAACACUUGUUACUUCAACCCUGAGCUAAACAUGGGUGAGCAGAACAUGGGUGAGCAAAACCUGGGCGAGCAGAACCUGGGCAAGCAGAACCUGGGCGAGCAGAACCUGGGCGAGCAAAACCUGGGCGAGCAAAACCUGGGCGAGCAGAACCUGGGCGAGCAGAACCUGGGCGAGCAAAACCUGGGCGAGCAAAACCUGGGCGAGCAGAACCUGGGCGAGCAGAACCUGGGCGAGCAGAACCUGGGCGAGCAGGACCUGGGCGAGCAAAACCUGGGUGAGCAGAACCUGGGUGAGCAGAACCUAGGUGAGCAGAACCUGGGUGAGCAGAACCUGGAUGAGCAGAACCUGGAUGAGCAGACCCUGGGAGUGAGUGAGGACCCAAGACAAAUGUUUCACAGAAGAGGAAAGAGACCAUGUUAUUCUCGCGUUGGGGAAUCUAAAAGGGAAUCUAUUCUGUCUGCAUUGUGGGAAGCUGCUAGAUAUGCAUCUUACCUGAUGGAUAUGAAUGACUUGCUGUCCUGCUGUUUUACAUGAUAGAACAUGGAGACCUGCGACUGUGUACUGUCUUACUGGCAUAAACCUACGUUAAACAUGCAUUAGACAGGACAGGACAGGUGGAAUCACUAACAGACACUACUCAGGCUCCUCCAUCACUGAGGUGGAAUCACUAACAGACACUGUGUACUCAGGCUCCUCCCUCACUGAGGUGGAAUCACUAACAGACACUGUGUACUCAGGCUCCUCCCUCACUGAGGUGGAAUCACUAACAGACACUGUGUACUCAGGCUCCUCCCUCACUGAGGUGGAAUCACUAACAGACACUGUGUACUCAGGCUCCUCCCUCACUGAGGUGGAAUCACUAACAGACACUGUGUACUCAGGCUCCUCCAUCACUGAGCAGGUAGGGGUGAGGAUCUCGUGUGUAUUGUGAUGGUAUUUUAUAUUUUGAUAACAAGAUGUUUUCUGGGCGUUUUUCUGGUUGUAUAGAGCUCCACUCUAUUGGGUCACUGUCAGGGGAAACGUACAGUAUUUCGGUUGGCAAAAUGUUCCUUUUCUCCUUUCUUCUUCGCUGGCAAAACCAAAUAAAAGGGGACGCAGUGUUAUUGAGACCCUGUUUUUUUCUAUAAUCUACUAUAGGCCUAUAUAUUAAAACGAUAGAGAGCAAUAGUAAUGGCGUCUUUUUGAGGGCGCUAAAGGAGGCUAACUCCACCUUGGCUUGUUUGACAAAUUAAUGUUUUUUUUGUUGUUGUUGGUUGUUUGUUGGUUUGGGAUAUUAAAUGGUCAAAAUAAGGCAUGUGGUAAACACAGACUUGGGUGAUUUUAUACGUUUUGUUCUGUGAGAUAAUCUUCGUCAGCUAACAUCACUUUUUUUGUGAAUUUUGAAGCAUUUCUGUACUCAAAACAAGUGAAAAGCUACCGAUGUGCUAACAUGUGAAAACAAAUAAAUAAUGAAACUACACGUCAGGUUGCCUUUGACGUCGCCAACGAAGCGAGCGCUCGAAGCUCGAGAACUCCUAACACUUGGCUGUUGUAGUUCCAUUUCUGACAGCUAGCGACUCUUUAGCAACGGACUCAUUUUGAUUCAUAAAGGUCAUGUUAACCGACUGAUUGUGGUGUUAAACGGGGAAAUAAGGUUUGAGGUUAUUUCACCCAUAGGAAUGUCUGCACGAUCCAGAUGUAGAAACUAACAUCAUUACCUUUUUUUUUCAUAUGGCUUCGAGCUAGCGAGUUCUGUAAGUGAUAUUAUUGUCACGUGACUGCAGACGUCACGUGACUUCAGACUUCACACUUCACGUGACUUCAGACUUCACGUGACUUCAGACUUCACGUGACUUCACGUGACUUCAGACUUCACGUGACUUUCAGACUUCACGUGACUUUCAGACUUCACGUGACUUUCAGACUUCACGUGACUUUCAGACUUCACGUGACUUCAGACUUCACGUGACUUUCAGACUUCACGUGACUUUCAGACUUCACGUGACUUUCAGACUUCACGUGACUUUCAGACUUCACGUGACUUCAGACGUCACAUGCUAAAGGUGCUGGUAUUUAUUCUCCUUUUCUGAUGUUUUUAUCUGCCUAUGAAAAUCUGCAACUAUGAAUGUUAAAUAUUAAAUACUUUUUGUUUUAA